UGAUUUAGCUUUUGUUGUAUGUCGAUUAUCUUGUCAAUUACUUUACUUCUUUAAUAUGAAGUUAAUGACGUAUCUGGGAAUAUCUUUCACUAACCAGUGUGUGUAGAAUGGUGCUUUUCUGGAUUAUGAUUCUUCUGGAGAAACGGAUGUUGCUGUUUCCGGUAUAAAACUCAAAGAUGUUACAGCACAGAAUGUUUGUUUUACAACUGCUAUGUAUCGUCGGUAUAGAAAGUGGAGAGGAAAGCUCUUUAUUCUAUUAUGGCUUGUGUUGUGGUUAACAAUAUUUUUAAGAAUGGAACAGGCUUUUAGUUAUCCACGUUUCAAUAGUGAUGUGCAACCUGAUAAUAAUCGUGUUCAACGAACCUCGUUAAAACCAACUACUUUGCCAUCAACACCACCUCCUAUCUUAAAAGAACAUUAUAUUCUUGCCAAUUUUGAUUCAGGUCGUCUUGGAAAUGAACUGUUCCGUCUAGCAUCACUAAUAGGAAUAGCAGACAAACAUCGCUACAUGCCAGUAGUUGAUCGUCAUAUUGCAAGUAUAACCUCAAUUUUCAAUAGCUCCAUACGAGUUAUUAAAAAGCUAAACAAUUCCAGAAGAUUUUCAGAAAAGGCAGCAGGAAAAUAUGAUACACGAAUUCAUAAUAUUUCAACUCAUUACAAUUGGACAUUAAAUGGCUAUUUCCAGUCUUGGAAAUACUUUGUAAAUGUAACCCAAACUUUGAGAAAAGAGUUUCAGUUCCUUCCACACAUUAUAAAAGAGGCAAAACAGUUACUGCCCCCUAGAUAUAAACCAUUGAUUGGUGUUCACGUUAGAAGAGGAGACAUGAAUUCAUUGCGUCAGAUCAAACGUGGCUACAAUGUUGCAGAUAUAGGAUAUUUAAACCGCUCUAUGGGCUAUUUUAGACAUACUCUUGGCUCUGUGAGUUUUAUUGUUGUGUCUGAUGAUAUAAAUUGGUGUAAAAAAUAUUUACAAAUGCCAGAUGUAAAAAUUGUACGAGGAUCGCAUGUCGUGGAUCUGGCUGUAUUGUCAUUGUGUGAUCAUAAUAUAGUGACUACUGGUACGUUUGGGUGGUGGGGUGCGUGGCUGGCUGGUGGAAAAACAGUUUAUUUUAAAAAUUUUCCUAAAAAUGAUACGUGGCUUGAUAAGCAAUAUGAAAAAUCAGACUAUUAUCCGCCACAUUGGGUGGGAAUGUUAUGAUGACGCAAAUAAGCUGUAUUUGUUUUUUAUUGACGUAUUUAUAUAGGAAUUAAAGUAGGAAUGUGCUCCUAUUAUAGUCCAACAAAGAUAUACAUGUAUUUGCUCAUCUGGAUACUUUAAAACAAUGCAUUUAAGGGGAUAAAAGGAUAUGCAUUCAAAUGUUCCAAUAUGAACAUCUAAACGAAAAGGAAAAUGUUAAUAAAUCAAGUCAU